GUCAAAAUUACGAUGGGCCGCGGGAAACAAAAUGUUUUGAUGUAAUUGCCAAAAGAAGUUUAAUUAUUUGUUUUUCCCUUGCCAAGUAUUUUGUACUCGUUUAGUGUGAAUACAAAUUAUAAACAAUUUUAUUAAGUUAUGGAGAUAACAUUUCCAUUUCCUUUUAAACCCUAUGAUAUUCAGGAAAAGUUUAUGAGAGAACUUUACAUUACUUUAGAACAACAAAAACUUGGAAUAUUUGAAAGUCCUACUGGAACGGGUAAGUCACUAAGUAUUUGCUGUGGAGUUCUAAAAUGGUUGAGGGACAGUAAUCAGAAAACACUUCAAGAUCUAGAAAGAGAAGUGGCUCAAUUGAAGGCAGAAAUAUCAAACAAUGCAGCUUCCGACGAUUGGCUCACUGAAGAAUAUGAGAAGAUCAAAAAGAAUCAGAAUCUCAUAUCCUUACAACUAAAACUAGAUAAAAUAAAAAAACAAAAAGAGUUAUUUGAACAGAUGAAAGUUCGGGUUACCAAACAGAAAACAAACUCAGCAAACAAAACAAUAGAAUUCUAUUUUAAUAAGAAAGAUAAAAAUGAGAAAGUAAUAGAAGACAAAGAGAAUGUUAUUGAAGUAAAAGAGGAAAGUGAAGAAGACAGAGAUCUUAUUUUAGAGGAAAUUGAGGAAAAAGAGGAUGGUGAUUCUGAUGCAGAAGAAGUUACAGAGGAGGAUAGGGAACAAAUGACAAAAAUAUACAUAAGUAGUAGAACACAUAGCCAGCUGUCUCAGUUUAUAGGAGAGAUCAAAAGGACUGUUUUCAAAGAAGAUACAAGAGUAGUCACCCUAGCUUCUAGACAACAUUACUGCAUCAAUUCCGAAGUGACAAAGCUGAAAAAUGUUAAUCUUAUUAAUGAGAGGUGUCUCGACAUGCAGAAAUCUAAAUCGAAAUCAACGUCCGUAGGGGAAGAAGGGAAAGUACUUAAGAAGACGAAAACAAAGGCAUGUACCGCCUGUCCUUAUUAUAACCAGACAAAUAUAACUCGAUUGAAGGAAAGAAUGUUGGUAGACAUUAUGGAUAUGGAGGAUUUAGUCAAGUCUGGUAAAGAGCUGAAGGCAUGUCCAUAUUAUGCUUCUAGAAUGGCGAUGGAGGAUGCAGAGAUGGUCCUCAUAAGCCACGCGGGCAUAGUAAGCUCAGGUGCCCGCUCCGGUAUAUCAUUAAAACUUGAUAAUAACAUAUUAAUACUGGAUGAGGCACAUGGACUGACCGCAGCCUUAGAAAAUGCUCACUCAGCACCUGUAUCGAUGAAACAACUGAGCUCAGUGAAGACCUUCUUGCAGUUUUAUAUCAAUAAGUAUAGAGCGAGGUUGAGUAGCAAGAAUUUGUUGACUUUGAAUCAACUUAGUUUUGUCGUUGGGAAGCUUUUAGGCGAGUAUAAUUUUUUUAUGUGAUUGGUUGGCAAACAA